AUGUCGGACCAAAAGAACGUUCACGGCAAACCCCUCCAACAACACACCGAGAACGCCGGCUUCCAUAAGGACGGCUACUGCCGCACCGGUCCCUCCGACAAACGACACCUCACCAUAGUCGCGACUCUAACCCACUCCUUUCUUCAAUGCGAGUACGGCGACGACGACUACAAGGGUCUCAAAGCCGGGCAGAAAACAUGUAUCUCCGCGUAUGACUUUCGACAAGCAGUGAAAGAGAUGGGACCGGAUACGGCGCCAAAGGUGGAUCUGAAUGCUACGCAUGAUAAGGCGUUGGAUGUGAUUGGGCUGGACGAGUUGAAGAAGUAUGCGAGCAAGAAGUGA